AUGCCGGGGACAUUUGAAUGGGUUCAAGCCCACGCAGGUUCCGCUUUCGGCUACUGUACACCUUUGCAGGUGCACGCGCGCACGCACACGGGGGAGAAGCCGCACCAGUGCGCCGAGUGCGGGAAGUCGUUCAGCCAUCUGCGCAACUACAAGUACCACGUGUCGGUGCACGCGGGCACGCGGGAGUUCGCCGCCGCCUGCCCCGAGUGCGGCAAGGUGUUCAACGACCGCGGCUACCUCAGCUCGCACAUGAAGAUCCACCGCAACCGCAAGGAGUACGCGUGCUCCGAGUGCGGGCGCCGCUUCAACCAGCGAGUCGCCUACAACAUGCAUGUGCGCAUACACACGGGCGAGCGGCCGCACGCGUGCGCGCUCUGCGACAAGGCCUUCACGCGCUCGGUACUACUCAAGCAGCACAUGCGUAGGCACACCGGUGAGAAGCCCUUCACCUGUGAGGUGUGUGGGAAGCAGUUCGCGGACCGCAGCAACAUGAUGCUCCACCUCCGGCUGCACUCUGGCAUCAGGCCGUACAGCUGCGGCGAGUGCGGCAAGGCGUUCACCAAGAAGCACCACCUCAAGGCGCACAUGUCCUGCCACACAGGACUGCGGCCCUACGCCUGCGACCGGUGCGGCGCGCGCUUCAGCCAGUCCAGCAACAUGCGCACGCACCGCAAGAAGUGCACCGCGCCGGGGCCGCCUCCCGGGGGCGGCGGGGGCGGCGUCAGUGAACCAAACGUUGGACACAUUUGGCGAUGGCAGUCAGGACCUGUACGGCAUCGAUGCCAAAAGAAGCAGAAUUUACAUCUGGCCAAGGAUCGACGUUCCUCGCUGACGCGUGUUGAGGCGCUCAACCUGACGGCAGACAACUUGACAUCGAGUGGUGAGAGAAAGCCUUUUAAGCGCGAGCCGUUUUUCAGGACCGGGCGCGUGUAUGUCUGA